AUGUCUUCCUCAACUAAUUGUGCUGCAGUGGUGUUUCUAUCCUGUCCAUUGCCAGAUUUUGCCUCAUUUUUCGAUUUUGUUGCUACGCUUCCUUCCACUCCACCUACUUCCCCUCAACGAGCCCAGUCUGCUGCACGUCAUGCUGAGAGAAAUCAACGUAAUCUUGGCUCGCCUCCUGCACGACGUGUACCGCAAAAUGAUCCUGCCCCUGUAGCACCAGAUGCUCCCCAUAUGAAUAUUCCUCAUAUGCUAGGAAAUUUAAAUCAUGCUCAGAUCCCUGUGCAGAGAUUUCCUGGAAUUCCACGAAAUGCAAUUGAGCGUCAUGAGGCGCAUCGUCAGUGGCGUGCUCAUCACCCACUACCACCCCCACCUGCUCCAGGCUUUGGCUAUUUUCCUCCUGGUCCUCCUCCUCCCAUCCCUGUCUAUCCUCCAGGAUUUGGUGGCUAUCACCUCCCUCCUGCUCCUGCUCCUGCUCCUGUUCCUGUCCCUGCCCCAGCUCCUGCUCCUGUCCCUGCCCCAGCUCCUGCUCCUGUCUACCCUGCAGCUCAAAUGCCGAUGUAUGGUGCUGUAUAUUAUGAGGGUGCAGCUCGCCCUCAAAACAUGCAGAAUGCCCAUCCAAUUCCUCAUGAGCCUGGUGCUCAGGGAGUACGUGUCGACCGUAACUUCGAUCUCAUGGAAAAUUUCAAUCGACUUCAUGAGCAACGUCGAAGGCAAAGACAUAAUAGACGAGGUCCUGCCCCCAAUCCACCACCUCCUGAUCUGCCUCCUGCUCCUUUUAAUCCUCCCAAUCCUCCUCAACCUCAACCUCAACCUCUUCCUCCUCACCCUCUUCCUCCUCAACCUCAACCUCAACCUGAUUACGCUCAGUUUAACGUCCAGUUUCAUCACCAUUUGCAAAUCUUGCAAAAUCAGGUUGAAGAUAUAGAAGAUCCAUAUCUUCGCCAACUCAGGGAGGAAAUGAUACAGCGAGAAGCACAGGAGGCUCAUCGUCAGCAACAGCUUCGUGAACAGUUGCAGCGACAAGCACAGCAGGCUCAUCAGCAGCAACAGCUUCGUGAACAGUUGCAGCGCAAGCAGGAGGCUCACCAGCAGCAACAAGCACAGGAGGCUCACCAGCGGCAACAGCUUCAGCAACAGUUGCAGGAUCGUCAGGCUCAAGAGAUGCAUAGGCAAGCACAGAUUUUGCAAGCCCAACAACAAGCACUCUUGCGAGCACAGGAAGAGGAAGCACGUCAUCAUUGA